UCUGGACGGCGUUAUACGGAUCUGACCUUUCUUACGUGGAAGACGGUGUGACCAUUCUCAUCAAUAUGGACAAAUUCAUCUAGCGUGCUUCGUAUAUCUCACCUGGUUUGCCCGCAAUCACUCUAAAAAGAAAAGUGUAUGCUCAGAAGGCCCUGCUGUUGGGAAUCCAAGUCGACUACCAAAUCAUUCAUCUUGGAGACGCUUGGACCACGUUUCUGCUCGGUUUACUCGAGCGACCGCAGGCCAGAAGCAAUGUCGUCCCUCGUAUUGAGCACGAACAUACGUUGUGGGUUUGCGUGGCUGGAUGCGUCUGCUUGCGAUACCCAAUGUCUGGUUGUCUGCAUGCUUGGGUGGUUUCUCAUUCGCCCUCAUGGCUUUCCCCUGACAUUGUCAGGCAGCAAACAGCAAAUCUCCAGUUGGUAUUGGGGGGUGUUGUAUGAACAAGCGAAGGAUCGCCGACGACAACGACCAGGUAUUGCUGCAGGUCUCUUGGAGCCUAUUACUUCCUACUGAAUGGGCCAUCUACACCGUAGCACCUAUCAAAUGUCUUUUUGUCCUUACUUACCACCAUUGGCGCAAGCCUCAUGUUCUCCUAUUCUGCUGUUUUGACAUCAAUCUGCUGUUUCUGUUUCCCCCUUGAAUAUUCUUUUUUAGUUCGAUGCCCCGUUCUUCCCAUA